AUGAAUAUUAAAAUUUGUAUUUCUUUUUUAAUAUUAUUGAUUGUAUCAGCGAUCGUUAGUAGUGCAAAGAGCGACAACGGAUCAAACAAUGUUAUUAAAUCACCUAACUUUUCACUUGUGAAGUAUUCGCUGAUGAAGAAAUAUACAGAGGCUACCAAUCACGCGAGACUCGAUAAGCAUCUAAAGAAUCUGGCGGUAGAGAGACACUCUGGUUCAGAAGAGAUCAAAAAAGUUGCAAAAUACAUCGUAUCGCAAUUCGACACCGAACAACAUUGGGAUGUUGAAUUCGAUACCUUCACAGACAAGACACCAUUCGGACAGAAAGAGUUCAAUAACAUCAUCGUUACCUCAAAGUACCCAUUGGAUGACCCAUUGGCUCCAACUCUGAUAUUGGCAGCUCACUAUGAUUCAAAAUAUUUCAAAGAAUUUAAAUUCUUGGCAACUGUCGACUCUGCUGUUAGCAUUGCAAUGAUUAUUGAAAUUGCAAAAUCAAUGGAACAUGUAUUGAUGAAUGGUUCACCAAAGAGAUUGAAAUUGAUUUUCUUUGAUGGUGAAGAAGCAUUUAUCGAUUGGACUGAAACCGAUUCACUCUAUGGAUCAAGACAUCUGGCAAAGAAAUUCGCAAAUCAAACAUUGGUUAAUGAAAAUACAGGUGAAUCGAAACCAUUUUAUGACACUAUUGAGUUAUUUAUGUUGUUGGAUCUCAUUGGUGGACCCGAUCCAACAUUUAGCUCAGCGCACCCACCUACUGCACCACUCUUUAAGAAGAUGAUGGAUAUCGAAUCAAAACUAUCAUCAAAAAGAAUGAUAAGUUAUAGACCAAAUAAAUAUUUUACAGGUCAAUUUUUACCAGGUGAAAUUCAAGAUGAUCGUAUCAGUGAAAGAAAGAUGUUAAGAAAUAGCAAUAAUAUUAAAGAUGAUUUUCAACAGCCAUUCACACCAUUUCAAAUAGAGUUCUUGGCAGAAGAUGAAUCGAUCACCAUCGUACCAAACUUUAGAAUGGAGGAGCUGCACUUCCUAUCGGGAACAUACGGUCCGUUCGUUCCUGCACUUCCAGUUAACGUUCCUCUUUGGUUAGCAAUCACUCUAAAGAAGAAAAAGAAAUGUAAAAUACAAUUCCCACAAUGGUUAUCAUUAGAGAGAUUAACAGAUAAAUAUGAAGCAGAGAAUAAUGUUGAAACAAGCUUUGAAUCGAUGCCACCUUAUUAUAUAGAGAUUGCAACUUUGUUGUUGUCGGUUGCAUCCGAUGACACACCGAAUGCCAAUGGUAUCAGAGGUUUAAUUGAAGACAUCAUUAAUAGAAGACAGAACAAACUGUCGGAUACUAUCAUCGAAGCAUUGAAACCAGUGCAAAGUGUCGAUCCUUUACGUAUCAACAAUAUAACGAUGAUGGAAAUCAAUAGGAUACGACCUACCAUAUGUUCAGGUCUGAAUCAUCUACAAAAGAUCUCUCAAAUCGAACAAUCUGUAUCAUCAACAUCACAGUCAUCACAACAACAACCAUCAUCAUCUUCACAAUCAUCACAAUUAUACAAUACUACAUCGACAACAACAACAACCACAACAACAACAUCAACUAAUAAUUUAAGAAAUAGUAAUAAUAAUACAUCAUAUAGUUAA